UGCCGACCGAGAGUAUGUGACACGGCGACCCAACGACAAGUUACAGAAUGCUGGAAGACACGGGGUUGCUGCCCACCCGCCUGGUGGAAAGAGCGAAAACGGAAUUGAACGAGACGCCCCAGCGGCGAGCUGAUGCCCUCGAAGAGCUGCGCGCGUUGCUCGACGGAGAGGUGACGGUGCUGAAGUCGAGAACGGACCCGCUCUUCCUACUCCGCUUUCUGAGAGCCAGAAAAUUCGACGUGCCCGCUGCGUUCCAGCUGCUUUGCAACUAUUACAGAAUGCGCUUCGAGAACCCCGACCUAUAUCACAAUCUGUAUCCUUCCAGUGUCAAGGAAGUGUUCGACCUACAGUGCCUCGGUUUUCUGAAGGACACUGACAAGGGAGGGCGCAAAGUGUUCUUUCUGCGAAUGGGGAAGUGGAGCCCCGACGUUUGCUCCCUGGAAGCCAUGUACAAGCCGUGCACGCUCGCCUGGGAGCACGCACUCGAAGAGCCGGCGACGCAGGUGAAUGGCAUCGUGGCGCUGGUAGACCUGGAAGGUGGCUCACUCAGGCACAUCGCAUCCAUGUCGCCCGAGCACGCCUUCAAGAUUCUCUACUGCGUCCAGGAAUGUUACCCCAUACGUCUGAAGGCGAUCCACGUCGUCAACCAGCCCCUGUUUUUCACAAUUCUCUUGAAGUUCCUGAAACCAUUUGUGAAGAAUAAGUUUUUCCAAAGACUUCACCUGCAUGGAAGGAACUACGCGAGCCUUCACGAGCAUCUGCCCCGCGAGAUUCUGCCGCGCGAGUACGGCGGCGUUCAGGAGCCCGUCGACAGCUCGGAGCUGGUGGACGCCCUGCUGCGAAACGAGGAAGCCUUCAAGUUGCACGAGACCUACGGAUACAUGCGCCGACCGGAGCAACUUUCUUCCGCCGUGACUGGCCGCAGUGCGUCGGCGCGGGGCGCCGGAUGUUUCCCCCCGCGCAACUCGCGCGUAGAACUAAUGCAAACGCUGUGGCGUCAAUUCGCUCGCUCAUCCCUGCUUCCGGACGACGUGUCUGAAGGGUCGGUUCAUGCCAAGACGCUGCACAAGUGCCUGCAGAAGAUUGAGCAGUCCAAUGGCCCAAGUGUUUAUUCGGCCGGUUGUCUGAGAGGGUAUUCAGGGACGGUCGUGAUGAACACCGACUCCAUGGCGACGCCGAAGAAAACCGAAUCACCGCCCAGCCUCGAGCAUGCUGCCGAAGUGCAACUCGGCGAGACAGCGGAGGCCAAGAUGCGCAGUUUGUCGAGGUUAAGGGAGCUCAUCGCAGGGGACACGUCGCUCCUUUGCCCCACGGACGACACAUUUCUGGUCAAGUUUCUGCGGGCCCGCAAGUACUGCGAAGAGGCGGCCUUCGGGAACAUUCAAAAGUACUUCCGCGUCAAGCAAACCGCGGCAGACUUCUUCAAGAACCUCUCCCCUUCCACUGUGCCUCUUAGCGCAGUGUUGCCCCACCACCGGCUCAUGAUGGUAUCCGAGAAGAAAGAUCCAGAGGGAAGGAGAGUGGCCGUUAUAAAGAUUGGUUCCUGGACCACAAGCGUGUGCUCCGCAACCGACCUCAUGAGGUCAGCGCUGGUGAUGGCAGAGUGGGCGCUGCUGGACGAAGAAACGCAGGUUCGCGGGGUCGUGUGCGUGUUUGACCUCAAGAAUCUGCACAUCAUGCACAUGGCACAUUUCACCCCCACAUUCGUCAAGAAAACGGUGCACAUCAUGCAGGAUUGUUAUCCAGCCCGCAUUAAGGCCAUCUACGUGAUAAACACUCCCCCUGCCUACGAAAUUAUCUUCGCUGCUGUCAAGCCUUUCCUGAAGUCUAAGCUUCUGAAACGGAUAUAUUUUGUGGGCCGGGACCUGCGCAAGCUUCAUGGCGUGCUUCCAGCUGACGUGAUACCAGCGGAGUAUGGUGGCACCCACGAAGACUUCGACUACUGUAGGCUAGAAAAAGACGUUAAAAGCUCGAGCAGCUACUUCGAUCACAUCAGCCGUUUCGGUUAUCGCACGAGUGUGCUUACAUAGUAGUUGCGCUAGCGUCCACGAGAAGAAACAUGCGUUGUGCCUAAUAAAGGCCUCAUCUUCAUUGUCAUCCA